AUGCCUGGGUCCCUCCUGAACUCCUGGGUGAUAUCGGGGACCCCCCCCGAACAGCGACCCCCACCCCAGGGGGCAGCUCCACUUCUGAUUGGUCCAGCCCAGCCCCGCCCCCCGCCGCAGGGCAGCCCCGCCCCUCGGGGGGGGCUGCCGCCGCUGGCCCCGCCCCCGCGCGAGGCCCCGCCCAGCAGCCCCGCCCACAAACUCCGCCCACCGCGCAGCCCCCGCCCACAAACUCCGCCCACCGCUCAGCCCCGCCCACAAACUCCACCCACCGCGCAGCCCCGCCCACAAACUCCACCCACCGCGCAGCCCCGCCCACAAACCCCUCCCACUGCGCAGCCCCGUCCACAAGCUCCGCCCACUUCCCCCCAGCGGCGUCCUCAAGCUCCGCCCACCGCACAGCCCCCGCCCACAAACUCCACCUACCGCGCAGCCCCGUCCUCAGGCUCCGCCCACCUCGCCCCAGCCCCGCCCACAAACUCCGCCCACUUCCCCCCAGCCGCGUCCUCAGGCUCCACCCACCGGGGGCCAGCCCCGCCCCCCCGGAGCAGCCAUCUCCCCCCAGCCCCGCCAGCAGGCUCCGCCCACUUCACAGCCCCGCCCACAAGCCCCGCCCGCCGCCGCGCAGACACGCCCACAAGCCCCACCCCACUGGGGGGCAGCUGCGCCCUCAGGCUCCGCCCACCACUGCACAGUUGCGUCCUCAGGCUCCGCCCACCGCGCAGCCCCGCCCACAAGCCCCGGCCAUGGCGCAGCCCCCGUCCUCAGGCUCCGCCCACCGCGCAGCCCCGCCCACAAGCUCCGCCUGCUGCACAGUCCCAGCCACAAGCUCCACCCACCUCCCCCCAGCCCCGCCCACCCCCUGCUCAGCCACGCCCGCCGGGCCCACAAGCCCGCCCACCACGCGGCAGCCCCGCCCCCCAAGCCCCGCCCCUUGCCCCCAAACCCGCCCUGACCCCCAAACCCGGAGGAGCCGCCCAAGUUCCCCCCAGGUGUCCCUUGUCCCCCCUGGGGGGGGCCCCAAGGAUGGAGAUGCUUUUGGGGCGACUGCGGAGCCUGAACCAGGCCCGCCAGGUGGCCGCGCAGGAUCUGGCCCAGUCCCAGGGUCACACUCAGGACCUGCAGCAACAACUGGACCAGCUUGAGGAGCGUCGGGCGGCGCUGGACGGGCUGUGGCAGCAGAAACAGGAGUCCCUCCGUGUUUCCCGUCUGCGCUGGGAGGAGUUGGAGGCCAAAGGUCAAAGGUGCUGGGGGUCGAUCCUGAACCGCCAACGGGAGCUGGUGGGGGAGGGGCAGCGCCGGGACCACAUUCGGAACCAGCGCCGGGGACACCGGUUCGAGUUCUGGCGGCAGCUCGAGGACAUCAUGGAGCAGCACAAGGAACUGCAGGGGGCGCACGCCCCAGCCCAGUUGGAGGCUGAACUGGUGAAACUGGAGGAGAAGAGGGAGGAGCUUCUGAGCCAGGAGCGCCACCUGCUGGAGCUGGAGGAGCAGCUGGGCCCUGAAGCCUUCGUGGCCACGCGAUUGGUGGAGCAGGAGAUGGAGGCGGCGCGGCAGCGCCUGGGGGCGGAGCUUGGCCAGAAACUGUCCAAUCAGCACCGUAGGGACAGGCUCCUGCAGGACAUGGAGCGGCUGCAGCGCCCCCUGGAGGCACCGACGCCGUAACGAGAGACGGAAAACGUCCCCGCGUCCCUCUGUCUGUCUGUCCGUCUGUCCCCAUGUCCCCCUGUCCCCAUGUCCCUAUGUCCCUCUGUCUGUCCCCAUGUCCCUCUGUCUGUCCCCAAUGUCCCCAAUAAACGCCCCUUUUAUCCAUCUC